AUGAACUUCAAGUCACCGCCCAGUCUGGCUGAAGUUGAAUCUUCUCCUUCUUCUGGAAAUCCAAGUCUGGAUGACAGGGCCUUGCUGGAGGAUUUGGAGAAACAGAGGGCCAUGAUCAAAGCUGAACUUGACAGCCAGUUGAUGGAGGGAAAAGUUCAGUCUGGCAUGGGUUUGAUCCUUCAGGGGUAUAACUCUGGAUCUGAAGAGGAUGGAGAUGCAAGGUUCAGAAAUGGAGAACCACGACAAAGGGGCAGCUCAGGUAAACCUAUAUCACCCAGAGGAGGAAAAAGUGGCAAAUCUAGACGGGACUCAACAGAGGGCAGUAAGUCUAGCUCCAAACGCCGUAGUCGGAGUAAGUCUGCAGACAAGCUAGUCAAGGAGUCUAAGCAGGACAAGGUGACCAAAAGCACCAAGGACACAGGUGUAAAAGACAGAGGGCGUGGAAGGAGCAGGUCAAAAGACAGGAAGGGUUCACACAGCACUGAUAGGUCCAAGGAGAGAAGGAAGUCCAACUCUCCUUCCAGCUUCAGGGGAGAGCAGAAAGUCGGCCGCACUGAUAAACGGUCCUCUCCGCAGCGGGAUGACAGACCCAACCAGGAAAGAGUGAGCCGACGGUCCAGAUCACCUGGACGAGAACGGCCAAGUCGCUCAGACGCUGACCGGGACAAACGGCCAGCCAAGUCACCAUCCAAGGACACUUCUUUAGGAAAGGAAAACCGCUCCCCUCAUAGACGAGGGGCUCACAGCCCUGCAAGGAAACGCAGCGCUUCCCCUCGCCAUAGAGAUGCCCGCUACCCUUCGGCUAGUGCCUCAGAAAGGACAUCAAAACAGAGCCACUCUCCAUCCAGAACUAGGUUCUCGCCCCAGAGACGCCGUAGCCGCUCACUAGAGGUCAGGAGGCGAGAUGCUGAGAGACAGGAAUCACCACUGAGGAAGCGCUCUCGAGCAGAUGUUGGACCAGGCAGAGACCGAUCGCGUGAUAACAGUCCGAGAUCAUCGUCUCGCCGCAGGAUGAGUCGCUCGCCUCUAAGACGACGGUCCCCAUCGCUGCGCCGCCGCUCCCGCUCUUCCCCCCGCAGACGGAGCAGGUCUCCACUGAGACGGAGGUCUGGGGAGAGAGACCGAUAUGGUCGACUCCGACAGUAUCGACGCUCAACGUCCCGCGAUCGGGAAAGAAGACGACGCAGCAGAGAUGAAGACAAGUUCAAGGGAAGUCUCUCAGAAGGCAUGAAAGUCGAUCAGGAGUCCUCAGAGGAAGAAGUUUUGGAGGAUUUUGAUGGUGAGGAGAUAGAUGAAGAAGCUCUCAUUGAGCAGCGCCGGCAACAGCGUAUGGCCAUCGUCCAGAAGUACAAAAUCGUGAACGAGGACACCAAUCAGACGUCGGAGCCCAGCAGCCCCCAGAGCAGCACGCGUAGCCGUUCGCCCUCACCCGAUGACAUCUUGGAGCGAGUAGCCGCAGACGUGAAGGAGUACGAGCGCGAGAACGUUAACACCUUCGAGGCCAACAUCAAAGCCAAGCACAACCUCAUCGCCCAGGAGAAAGAUGGAUCUAACCCGAAGAAGCCUUCAGCUCCAGACAUGUUUACCGAGUCAGAUGACAUGUUUGCUGCAGACUUUGACAGUGCCAGGAUGAGAGCAGCAGGUGUAGGAAAGGACUUCAAGGAGAACCCCAACCUCAGGGACAACUGGACUGAUGCUGAGGGUUACUACCGAGUGAACAUCGGGGAGACGCUGGACAAACGUUACGACGUGUAUGGCUACACUGGACAAGGUGUGUUCAGCAACGUGAUCAGAGCCAGAGACACUGCCAGAGCCGGCCAGGAGGUGGCAAUCAAGAUCAUCCGAAACAACGAGCUCAUGCACAAGACCGGUUUAAAAGAGCUGGAAUUCCUCAAGAAGCUGAAUGACGCUGAUCCCGAUGACAAGUUCCACUGCCUGCGCCUUUUCAGGCACUUUUACCACAAGCAGCAUCUUUGUUUGGUGUUUGAGCCUCUAAGCAUGAAUUUGCGAGAGGUGCUGAAGAAGUACGGUAAAGACGUUGGGCUUCACAUCAAAGCUGUGCGUUCCUACAGCCAGCAGCUCUUCUUGGCUCUCAAGCUGCUCAAACGAUGCAACAUCCUCCACGCCGACAUCAAGCCAGAUAAUAUCCUGGUGAACGAGUCAAAGACCAUCCUGAAGCUGUGUGACUUUGGUUCGGCGUCACAUGUUGCUGACAAUGACAUCACACCAUAUCUGGUCAGCAGAUUUUACAGGGCUCCAGAAAUUAUCAUAGGAAAGCCGUACGACUAUGGCAUCGACAUGUGGUCCGUCGGCUGCACUCUGUACGAGCUUUACACAGGCAAAAUCCUGCUUCCCGGAUCUUCCAACAAUCACAUGCUCAAGCUGGCUAUGGACCUCAAGGGCAAGAUGCCCAACAAGAUGAUCCGUAAAGGAUUGUUCAAAGACCAGCACUUCGAUCAGAAUUUGAACUUUUUGUACAUUGAAGUAGACAAAGUGACUGAAAGGGAGAAGGUGACAGUGAUGAGCACCAUCAACCCCACCAAAGACCUGCUGGCAGACAUGAUAGGAGGCCAGCGGCUGCCUGAGGACCAGAGGAAGAAGGUAAUGCAGCUGAAGGACCUGCUGGAUGGAACGCUGAUGCUGGACCCAGCCAAGCGCAUCAGUAUCAACCAGGCUCUGCAGCACCCCUUUAUCCAGGAGAAGAUCUGA